AUGGAGUCGGAAUUUCCUGAGGAGCUGCAAACACAAGCCUACGGAAUUCUAAGCUCCAACGAUGUCGAGCCAAUGGAGACACUGUUUUCUCACUUAUUUGGCUCCCAAGAGCCCCACAGGUCUCAAGCUUACACCUUUUUGCAUUGCUGCAAAAAGCACUUCCCUCAUUUGCUCUUCAUAAAGCUCUUUUUUGUUAUUAGAUGGAGUCCUGUCUCUGAUCAUAGGUCCAGAUCUGCGCUUGUGCUUCGUUAUGUCAAAGUUUGUGAUCUUUGGCCUAAGUUGUCUUCAAUUGCUCAACAUUACAUGAAAUCCCACAUCCUUGUAUGUCUUCAAGAGGAAGUUUCAAUGCCCACCUUGAGAUUAAUUUGUGGCAUUGUGUCUGAAAUGGGCUCUGAGAUUUCCAAGGCUGGCAGUGAAUGGCCAGAGCUCACGGAAUUUUUGUUGAACUCUAUUCAAUCUGAUUACGAAAAGUUACAACAAUCUGCAUUGUGGGUGCUGGCUUACUUACCAAAAGGGUUCCGUCCUGUUGUUUGUGAAGCUCUAGUCCCUAGCCUUGCAACGUUGCACUCGCGGAUAAAAGAAGCAUUGAGUUCCCCCAAUGCUGAUAUUCAGGUUACUGCAUUUGGUGCUGUGGUUAGCCUGAUAGGUUUGUUCACGAAUUCAAAGGGGCGCAACUGGUUUAAUGAGCUUUUGAGAGCAAUGAUGGUGGGACUUUUCGAGUUGUUGAGUCAUUUGAAAGAAGAAUAUGCUCGUGGGGCUGUCAAUGAGUUAAUAAUGUUGGUCAUGGAUGGGGCACAUAUCUUGAAGCCAUACCUAAACCAUCUAGUACUCGACAUGCUUAAUGUGCUAGAGUGUAAAAAAGUGACGGAUGAAACGAAACUCUUCGUUGACAAAUUUUUGCUGGCAAUGGCAGAAGCCACAGAGUUGGCACCUAUGAUGAGGGAGCUGCCUCAUGAAACAAUGGUUAGGCUACUCACAACCUCAGUGCAACUGCUUCUCUCAAUAAAGGAUGACAGUGCAUGGUACAACAUGGAAAGCGAGCUGUGUGAGAAUGAUGGAAAUAUGGAUGUAUACAAGUCUGGAAUUUUGUUCUUGAAAAAACUUUCAGCUGCCUUGGGUGAAAAAAGAAUACUUCCUAUAUGUUUUGAAAUGUUCUUGGAGCACAUGGAUGCUACUGAGUGGAAGAAGCGUCACGCAGGAAUUUCUCUGCUAGCCGUAAUUGCAGAGGAGUGCUCGGAUGAGAUGGUCUUGAUGAAAGACUGUUUGGACCAAGUUAUUGCCAUUAUUUUAAAGUCAUUCAAAGAUCCUCAUCCUCGAGUUUGUUGGGCAGCUUUUAGAUUUAUGCAACAGUCUACAAAUCUGGUCCAGGCAAUGCAAAUUCUCUAUCACUCAAGGAUUGUGUAUGCACUGGAUGCCGCACUUGACCAACACCAGAAUAUAAUAGUCAAGGAACAAGUUGUCUCUGCUUUAAAGUACUUGUUAAAGAAUGUUCCAUUAGAUAGCUUAAGAAUGCACACAGACUUGGAUACUAUACUGUGGAAGUUGCAAAUAGAACCGUAG